AUGGACUCGGAGGAAGAGGGGGAACAUGGGGAAUACCAGUAUAUAAACAAAGUCACGCCUACAUGGAAUGGAGGAAACAACAUCCAGAGAGAAAAAGGGCCAUGCCAUAUACCAUCCAUACUGUUGAAUGAUACUGCUGUUUCUCCCCUCUAUGCCCUAUCCUGGUUCACAACAUCUGAGAUAAUCAUUAAUCUACUCCGGAUCUUGGUGGCCUAUACAGCUGACUCAAAGGGGCAUCUUUUCUGCCUGGAUAUUCUCCCUCCAGUCAAUAAACAGGACAUCGAAGAGCAUUUCGGCUCCCACGGCACCGGAAAGAUAACUGAGAUCAAGCUGAUGCAAGGCUUUGGCUUUAUCGAAUACGAGGAUGCUAUGGACGCAAAAGAUGUCGUUCCUGGUGAGGACACCUCCAUGGUCGCGUUUACUUUUCCUGGAUCCUUUCGUUUUCUUUUUUUUCCCCUUUGUCUUUGUCUACUUUUUUUUUUUCACUACUCUUGUUUCACCUUCAAUCCGUGGAACGAUGCCGUGCUAAUACUGGAAUCCGUCUUUGUGCUCGUUUCUUGCUCUCCAGCUUUCCAUGGUACCGACUUCAAAGGUGAACGGCUCACGGUGCAAUUUGCGCGUGGGCCACGGCGUAGAGAGCCAUUCCCUGGGCCUCCCGAACGGUCUGCUGCUCCUCGUCCACGACGAACAAUAUACCGUAUGCAGAUAACUGGAUUGCCUGAAACCAGUUGGCAGCUUUCACCCGUGUUCUUUGUCGAGCUUGUGCUGGAUUCGUCUCCUUCCCUCUUGGUUGAUUCAUCACACUUCCAAUCUGGAGAGAUGGCCAGGUCUGGCUUCAACCUACAAUCUCAAAUUGGAUAA